AUGGAGCCGCGGCGGCCGUCGUCGUCGACCGCGGGGCCUCACGAGCUUGUAGAGCAGCACAUAAUGCGCCCUCUGCCAUUGUCACCGCAGGCGCCGGCGCGCCAAGGCCUCCGAGGACCACGCCCUCCUGCUAGAUCCCCGCCCCCCAGCCACCAGGCGUCUCUCUCGUCCGUAUACCCGCUCGAGGAGGCCGAGUUCAGCGGGCCGCUACACCCACACUUAGCGCCUGCAACGUGGCAACGCACGAGCAAUGAGUCGCUCCUACCGCCCAAGAGCAGCUUCUCCCAUCCCGACGAGUCGGAGCUGCACCUUGGCUUGCCGCCCGACGUGCACGUCGAGCCAUGGCACGCACAAAGCGAGGGAUGGCUCGCACGUCAGCAGCCGCCCGAGCAUGGCGAUACGCGGCAGGUACAGCUGACAGACGGCCACUGGAUCGUGGACCAUCCCGUGCCGACGCCCGUUGCCAACGCAGUCGAAGCUGCGUACCGCGCACAAGGCCAGUCGACGGAGUUUACGCAUCUGCGCUACUCGGCUGUGACAUGUGAUCCUGAUGAGUUCUUGAGCGAGAACGGGUGGGGUCUACGUACGUCGAGCGAGUAUGGCCGCGAGACAGAGCUGUUGAUUGCGCUUACCUACUACAACGAGGACCGCCAUCUCCUGACGCGUACACUGCACAGUGUCAUGCAGAACAUCCGCGACCUCUGCAAGCACCGCUGGUCGCGCUACUGGCGCGCGUGUGAAGAGGAGGGACGGCCUGCAUGGCAACGCAUAGUCGUGUCCCUCGUGUUUGAUGGGAUCGAUCCGUGCGAUAAGGAGACGCUCGACGUGCUGGCCACGCUGGGCGUGUACCAGGAUGGCAUCAUGAAGCGCGAGAUCAAUGGACAUGAAACCGUCGCACACCUGUUCGAGUACACGACACAAGUGUCUGUGGACGCCACGCCGCGGCUCGUGCAGCCGACGCCCGGCAACGACUCGAACCUCGUGCCUGUGCAGAUGAUCCUGUGCCUGAAGCAGAAGAAUGCGAAAAAGAUCAACAGCCACCGCUGGGUCUUUCAUGCGCUCGGCCGCCUCUUGCAGCCGGAGAUUGUGGUGCUUAUCGACGUAGGCACCAAGCCGGGCUCCAAGGCACUGUACUACCUGUGGGAGGCCUUCCACAACAAUCCGCACUUGGGCGGCGCGUGCGGCGAGAUCCAUGCCAUGAUCCGGCACGGCACUAAGCUGCUCAACCCGCUCGUAGCCGCACAGAACUUUGAGUACAAGAUCAGCAACAUCCUCGACAAGCCGCUCGAGUCCAUGUUUGGGUACGUGAGCGUACUCCCCGGCGCCUUUAGUGCGUACCGCUACCGCGCCGUGUGUGGGCGGCCCCUCGAGCAGUACUUCCACGGCGACCACACGCUGGCUGAGCGGCUCGGGCGCAAGGGGAUCCAGCAUAUGAACAUAUUCCGCAAGAACAUGUUUCUUGCCGAGGACCGCAUUUUGUGCUUUGAGCUGGUGGCCAAGGCGGACGACCGCUGGACGCUGUCGUACGUCAAGCCAAGCAAGGCCGAGACGGACGUGCCGGAGCGCACCGCCGAGCUCAUUUCGCAGCGGCGCCGCUGGCUCAAUGGGUCGUUUGCGGCGUCCGUGUAUGCCCUCGUGCACUUUUACCGCUUCUACCGCAGUCAGCACGGCGUGCUGCGCCAGCUUGGCUUCCACGUCCAGGCGCUGUACAACGUGGCGCAGCUCAUCCUCUCGUGGUUCGCGCUUGCCAACAUGUGGCUCACCUUCGCCAUCAUCAUCCAGUACUUGCCGUCCAUCCUGCUGCGCGACUUCUCUGACGCGUGGCUGAUCGCCUUCCACUACGUGAACCUCGUGGCCAUGUGGGUGUACGGCUUCACGCUUGCGCUGCAGUUCGUACUGGCCCUCGGCAAUCGGCCCAAGAGCGAGCACCACGUAUACGCCAUCUCGUUCGUGGUGUUUGGCGUCCUGGGGCUGUACACGCUCGGCAUCUCCCUGUGGCUCACAGUGCAGUCACUCGCGGGUCUGCACGUCGAGAACGGCGACUAUGCGUCAGUCGUGCUCAGCAACACGACGGCCGUCCUCAUCGCCUCGCUCGCGGCCAUGUUCGGCUUGUACCUGAUCGCCUCGCUGCUAUACGCAGAUCCAUGGCACAUGCUCACCAGCUCGGUGCAGUACACGCUGCUCGCGCCAUCGAUGGUCAAUGUGAUGAAUGUGUACGCAUUCUGCAACCUGCACGACGUGAGCUGGGGCACCAAAGGCGCCGACAAGGCCGACGCACUCCCCAGCGUCGGCGGCGCGCCCAGUGCAGCGCACGUCGAGACCGUGGAGGAAGUGGCCCUCACGCAGGAGGCGCUGGACCUGCGCUUCCGAGACGUGGUCGCGCGCGCCGUCUCCCCAUUCCCGCGCAUCAGCGAAGAGAGCACGCCCACCAUGGACGACAGCAACAAGACCUUCCGCACGCGCCUCGUAGCCUUUUGGCUGCUUACGAACGCCAUCCUCGUGGCCGUCAUUAUGAACCUGUACAGUUACCGACCACGCGAAAAGCUCGAUACCGAGGCACGCGAGGGCCGGCAGAACCAGGAAAUCUACUUCAAGGUCAUGCUCUGGUCGACGUUUGGCCUGGCAUUUUUCCGGUUUAUGGGGUGCGUGCUCUUCUGGCUGCGUCGCCAGAUGACGCGCUGCUGCCUCCGCACCUAG